AACCAAAACCACAACUACACUUGGAGAUUAAUUGAGCUAACUAAACAAUCAAUAACUUAAUUAAUCUCCAGUAUAUAAUUAAUGGGUUCUAAUCAGCUUGUUGCCUUUGCUAUUGCUGCAAUAUUUGUUCUUCCCACAAUCGCCAUGGCAGCUGAAUACGUGGUUGGCGACAAUAAUGGCUGGAAAACUGACGUUAACUACACCGAAUGGGCUUCUGGCAAAGUUUUUUACGUUGGUGAUAAACUAGUGUUCACAUACGGACCACCACAUAAUGUUUACAAAGUUGAUGGAGCUGGGUUCAAGGAUUGCAAGCCAUCUGGAGAUCUUUACAGCACUGGAAACGACACAUUUACACUCAUGAAAUCGGGCAAAAAAUGGUACAUUUGUGGUUAUAAUGAUCACUGUCAGAAAGGGCAGAAGCUUGUGAUUAAUGUGGAAUCUAAUGGUCCGGUACCAGCACCAAUUCCUGCACCAACAGCAACACCAACAGCAACGCCAUCGCCAACGCCAGCUUCAAAUGAUUCCUACAGAUCAUUUGUCUUGUCUUGGUACCAGAUCUUCCUUGCAGCUAUUGUAACAAUGGUCGUCGCAGCAUUUUAAUCUAAGAAAUGUUUGGUUUUCAAGAAAUAAGGUUUUGUUAUUGGUGUUACAGGUCUUUAAUAAAUAUUGUCAUGCAUGCAGAACUUGUCUUUUUAAUAAGAUGUAAUUCCUAGUGUGUGUGAUGUUUUUUCAAUUAAUGCAAAAUUUUUUUUGGUA